AUGGCAAAAGAAGACCCAAAACAACAACCAACAGUUCCAGAUGGUUGGUUGGCUAAAUUUGACGAUAAAUAUCAAACCUGGUUUUAUGUUGAUUUGAAAACAAAGAAAUCUCAAUGGGAAGCACCAGAGGGGACUAAGUUUCCAAAUUUAAAAAAUUCUAAUGAAGCUCCACCAGCAUAUUCUGAAUCCAACUCAAGAAGAAACUCAAUCGGAUCCGCACACACUGGUAACACAUCUCAAGAUACUUCUAAAAACAAUAAAGAACAGAAAAAAGGUUUCUUUCAUCGUCAUAAUAAUCAACAACAAUCUCAAGCACCACCUCAUCAACCUAUGUACAAUCAAGGAUAUCCUCAACAGGGUUAUCCUCCACAAGGAUAUGGAGGUUAUCCACAGCCUUAUGGUCAACAGCCUUACUAUGGUCAACCUUAUCCUCAAAAUCAAUAUUAUCCACAACAACAACAAUCGAGAUUUGGAGGAAUGGGAAUGGGAUCGGGUAUGAUGCUUGGUGGAUUAGGAGGUUUAAUGGGAGGUGCCAUGCUUGCAAAUGCUUUUGAUAAUAAUGGCUAUGAACAACAGAUGGCCUAUGAACAAGGCUAUGAUAAUGGAUAUGAUAAUGGAAUGGAUGGAGGCGAUUUUGGUGGUGGAGAUUUCGGAGGAGGCGGGGAUUUCAUGUGA